AAACACAUGACGUUUUAUUUUGGUUCCUCUUUAUUCACCUGACGGUUUCUUAUCUUUUCUAAGAUAACAGAAGACAGGAUGAAUUUCCGCCUCCUCACCUUUUUGAAUCUUCUUCUUUUUUCCACCUGCUCGUCUUCACCGCCGAACUUUGUCCUCCUGUUCGCUGAUGAUUUGGGUUUCGGGGAUUUGGGUUGUUUCGGACACCCGAGUUCACUGACUCCCAACCUGGACCGCCUGGCAGCAGCUGGACUCCGCUUCACUGAUUUCUAUUGCACCAGCCCCGUCUGCAGCCCGUCCAGGGCGUCGUUGCUGACAGGCCGCUAUCAGACCCGCUCAGGUGUCUACCCAGGAGUGUUGUAUCCAGGCUCUAGAGGCGGUCUUCCUCUGAAUGAGACCACCAUUGCUGAAGUGUUGAAACCUCUGGGCUACGCUACUGCCGCCGUAGGGAAGUGGCACUUAGGAUUUGGGGCCAAUGGGAUGUUUCUCCCAACCAAACAGGGGUUUGACCAGUACCUGGGGAUCCCAUACUCCCAUGACAUGGGCCCCUGCUGGAACCUGACUUGCUUCCCUCCAGAUGUGAAGUGUUUUGGAAUGUGUGAUGUUGGCACUGUAACUGUCCCACUGAUGCACAACGAGGUCAUCAAGCAGCAACCAGUCAACUUCCUCGACUUGGAAAGAGCAUACAGUGACUUUGCAACCAACUUCAUUACCACAUCAGCCAAGAAAAAGCAACCUUUCUUCCUCUACUAUCCAUCACAUCACACCCACUACCCUCAGUAUGCAGGCCCAGGGGCAGCCGGUCGGUCUUUAAGGGGUCCAUUUGGAGACGCUCUGUUGGAGCUUGACAACACUAUAGGAAACCUGCUGGCAACUCUGGAGGAGACAGGAAUGAUCAACAACACACUGGUCUUCUUUACAUCUGAUAAUGGCCCUGAACUGAUGCGUAUGUCCCGCGGAGGUAAUUCUGGUCCUCUGAAAUGUGGAAAAGGUACCACGUAUGAGGGGGGCAUGAGAGAGCCAGCCAUCGCCUACUGGCCAGGAACCAUCAGGCCAGGUGUGACUCAUGAGAUGGCCAGCACUCUAGAUAUCCUCCCCACCAUCGCAGGCCUGGCAGGAGCUACGCUACCUCAGGUGAUGCUGGAUGGAGUCGAUAUGACAGAUAUCCUCAUCAACCAAGGAAAGAGUAAAAGGGAGACGAUGAUGUUCUACCCGACAGACCCCAGUGAGAAAUACGGCCUGUUUGCUCUCCGGCUGGGGAAGUACAAGGCCCAUUUCUACACAAGAGGUGCCACCCACAGCGGUUCCACUCCAGACCAAGACUGCCCAGCGUUCGCUGUUCUCAAAGCCCACGACCCCCCUGUGAUGUAUGACCUGGAGGCUGAUCCUUCAGAGAACUACCCUCUUUACUUGGAGGGAAGACCCGACAUCCAGGCUGUGCUGGAGCAGAUCAAGAACGUCAAGGAGAAGUUUGAAGCCUCCAUGGUGUUUGGAGAGAGCCAGAUAUCAAAGGGAACAGACCCGAACCUGGCGCCUUGCUGCAACCCUCAGUGCAGCCCCAGACCCAGCUGCUGCCAUUGUUGACGGGACAAAUCAUCACAGCUGCUGUGAAGACAGCGUGGAAAAGACUGGAGGUACAGAUCUGAUUUUACUUUUACACUCCUUGGUGAAAACGCAAGGUUGUGAUACCGAUUUUCAAAUUAUGCUUUACUGCUUUCUUGUGGACACUUAAGCUUGAAUUACUGCACUUACUGAAAAGUAAUAUUACAAUGUGUUUCCUCAGUGAGGAGAUGAUUUUCUUAAUGUUUAGCUACAUUUCGCACUAAUGAAUAACAAAGUACUGUAUUUUUCCUGACUUCUGCUACUUGAAAAGAUAUUUUCCACCCCAUUAUUCCUCGCAAUCAAAAACGUAUAUGUAUAUAUUGAAGUGCAAAUGUUUCACAGCUGAUUUCAAUCACAAAUACAAUCAAAAGUAAAAGAACAAUAAAGACAAUAAUACAUGUUUUGGA